UCCUUUCAUAAACGGGGAGAUAUCUUUUCUUGCAUUUGUUUAAUCUUGAUUGAAACCAAUGAGUACUUAUUCCUCUUUGUGUUUUUGAAUAAGUUUGUUGUCAUGCUACGAACUGUUAUAAUUAUCAUUUAGUACUUGAGUUGUUCUCAGAUUAAGAAGAUUUCCUUGACUGACAUUUUUUUACCGAGGCAAUUAGACCUCCAAUAUGAUACGAUUUGAUGACAAGGUCGCAGUAGUUACAGGAGCUGGAGCAGGAUUGGGAAGAGCUUAUGCUUUAUUACUUGCUGAGAGAGGUGCAAAAGUAGUAGUCAAUGAUCUUGGUGGGAGCACUCGUGGAGAUGGAAGUAGUACUAAUGCUGCGGACACUGUUGUUGAAGAAAUAAAAAAAAAAGGUGGAAUUGCUGCAGCUGAUUAUAAUUCAGUCGUGGAUGGUGAUAAAAUAAUUAAGACCGCACUGGAAAACUUUGGUAAAGUGGAUAUAGUCAUUAAUAAUGCAGGUAUACUGCGUGACAAAACAUUUUCUAGAAUCAGCGAUAGUGAUUGGGAUCUUGUACACAAUGUGCAUGUGAGAGGAGCUUUUAAAGUUACUCAAGCAGCUUGGGAAAACUUUCGAAAGCAGAAAUAUGGCCGAGUUGUAUUUACUGCAUCUAAUGCUGGCUUAUUGGGCAACUUUGGUCAAGCUAAUUAUAGUGCUGCUAAAAUGGCACUUGUUGGCCUUUGUAAUACUCUUGCAAUUGAAGGAGCAAAAUAUAAUAUUCAUAGUAACGUCAUUGUUCCUACAGCAGCAUCCAGGUUGACAGAAAAUAUACUUCCUCCUGAUUUCUUUGAGCAGUUAAAGCCUGAACUUAUAGCUCCUGUUGUUACAUGGCUAUGUCAUGAAGAUUGUGAGGAAAAUGGUUCAAUAAUCGAAUCUGCUGCUGGUUGGGCUAGUAAACAAAUAAUUGUGAGAGGAAAAGGUAGUGUUUUGAGGCGUAGUCUGGCCGAUCCUGUCUCCAUUGAAGAUGUGAGAGAAAAAUGGGAUAAAGUUGUUAAUGUUGAAAAAAUUGAUUAUUUGGGUUCAAUACAGGAAGAGACUGCAAAUUUGACAAAAUAUUUUUCUGAGAUGGACGGUUCAUUGGAUGAAGCAGAUGAAGAAAAUGAUUUCUCAGAUAAGUACUCUGCAACAUUCAAAGAAUGCAUCACAUUUGCUUUAGGAAUUGGAGCCAGUGUUAAGAAUCCUGGAGAUUUAAAAUAUCUCUAUGAAGGUCAUGAAAAUUUCACAGCAUUACCAACGCAGUUGAUCAUGCCUGCUCUGAUGGCAACAAUGACUUCAUCAAAAAUUUUAAAUGCAAUACCUAAUAAAAGUUAUGAUCUGUCUCAGAUUCUACAUGGUGAACAAUACCUUGAAGUAUAUAAGCCAUUGCCUUUAAAUGAAGAGCUUAGGAGUACAAUUGAUAUUAUAGAAGUAUUAGAUAAAGGAAAAAAUGCUGUAAUUAUUUCUGGUUCAAAAACAUAUGAUAAGAAUGAUGAGCUGGUUAGCUACAAUGAAAUAGCUUCAAUUGUUGUGAAUGGUGGUGGUUUUGGUGGUCCUAAAAACGCAACAAAAACUAAAUUGACUGAAGAACACCCUAAGCGAAGUCCUGAUGCGACUAUGGUAGAGGGUACUAGUGCUUCCCAGGCAGCUUUGUAUCGAUUAUCGGGAGACUUGAACCCCUUACAUAUUGAUCCUAAUUUUGCUUUACUUGGGGGUUUUAAGGAACCUAUUUUGCAUGGGCUAGCUUCAUUAGGAUUUGCAGUUCGUCAUGUUUUAUUGAGAUAUGCAGACAAUGAUCCUUCAUUGUUCAAAGCUGUGAAGGUCCGUUUUGUAAAACCUGUUUUGCCUGGUGACUCUUUAAAGACCAGUAUGUGGCGCCAAGGAAAUAGAAUUUAUUUUCAGACUGAAGCCGUUAAAGCCAAAAAUAUUGUCAUUUCAGGUGCCUAUGUUGACUUACACAAUGUAAUUGAUAAGAAAUUAUCUCCUCCUCCUUCUGGAGGGCACACGCUUUUUAACAGUCCUGGAUUUGUUGAUGCUAUUCAAGAAAAAUUGUAUUUAACACAAAAUUUAAGGGACAUUAGUUAUAAUUGCCUCUUAGAAGUCGAUGAUUGUGGCAGAAAAAAUUCGUGGAUUAUUCAUAAUGGUCAUAUUAGUAAGAUCUUUCCUUCUGAUUGUAAAGAUUAUGAUGUUGUUUUGAAGAUCAAUGACAGCGAUUUAACAAGCAUGUUGAGUGGUAAACUCAGCUAUAGGGAUGCUGAAAGAUGUGGGGCAGUUAAUGUUGAAGGAGAUGAACACUUGGCAGCAAUGAUAUUACAGUUGGUAACUCCCAAAACUAAGUUAUAGGUUUUAGAAGACUUAAUAACUAUAUGAAAAAUGUGAUCCAAUUUUGUAUAUUAAUGAGCCCUCCAUUGCUGUAUUUACACUGGAAAUCAGCUUGGGAUUAAUAUCUGUAAUAAUAGAUAAUUAGUGUUGAUAAGGUCAGUAAUAUUGUUCCAGGAACUUUUAAAAAUCUGAGA